UGGGGCCGAGGGCGGGCGCGGCGGAGCGGUUCUCAGCAAACGCAAUGGCGCUUAGAGCGGGACUGGGAGGCGCCUCAGAGCCAUCCCUGGUGGCCGUGCGGCAUUUCAUACUUCCAUCAGACCCCGGCGGAGCGUUACAAAUUUCCGUUGGGCCGCGCGGUAGCGGAACCCUCCGCGCGGGGCUGAGGGGCGGGGGGGGGCGGUGCGGGCGGUGCGCAUCACCUCGGGCGCCGCGCGGGGCUCCCCUCAGGCGUGGCCAUGGCGGCGGUGCGUCCCGCCCGCCCCUCCGGGCCCUGACGCGCGGCCCUUUUCCUUGCAGGUGCUGCGAGAGCAUGGGGCCGGCGGAGCCGGUGCAGAAGAUCAGCAUUAACGCCGAGAGCCCUCGCGGCGGCGAGAGGAACGGCUGCGGGGCGGGGGCUGAGCGCAGCCCCGCCGGCGGCUGGAGGCAGAAAUGCGCGGCCUACGUGCUGGCGCUGCGGCCCUGGAGCUUCAGCGCCUCCCUCACCCCCGUGGCUCUGGGCAGCGCGUUGGCCUACCGGGCCGAAGGAGCGCUGGACCCGCGGCUGCUGGUGGGCAGCGCCGUGGCCGUGCUGGCCGUGCACGGGGCCGGCAACCUGGUGAACACCUACUACGAUUUCUCCAAAGGCAUUGAUCACAAAAAGAGCGAUGACAGGACGUUGGUGGACCAGAUCUUGGAGCCUCAGGACGUGGUCCGGUUCGGGGUGUUCCUGUACACUGUGGGCUGCGUCUGUGCCGCUGGGCUCUAUGCCGUCUCGACGCUGAAGCUGGAGCACCUGGCCCUGGUUUACUUCGGGGGGCUGUCCAGCUCCUUCCUCUAUACUGGAGGAAUUGGAUUUAAAUAUGUUGCACUCGGAGAUGUGGUGAUCCUGAUCACCUUUGGGCCCCUGGCCGUCAUGUUUGCCCAUGCUGUGCAGGUUGGUUAUCUGUCUGUCUCACCGCUGCUCUACGCUGUCCCACUGGCUCUCAGCACUGAGGCCAUCCUGCACAGCAACAACACGCGAGACAUGGAGUCUGACCAGCAGGCAGGCAUUGUCACCUUGGCUAUCCUCAUCGGCCCUGCGCUCUCCUAUGUUCUCUACACCGUGCUGCUCUUCUUACCCUACUUGAUUUUCUGUGUGUUGGCCACACGCUACACCAUCAGCAUGGCAUUGCCACUGCUCACCAUCCCGAUGGCAUUUUCACUGGAGAGGCAAUUUCGGAGUCAAAACUUCAACAAAAUUCCUCAGCGGACAGCCAAACUCAAUCUCCUUUUGGGGCUCUUCUAUGUUUUUGGAAUUAUGCUGGCACCAGCUGGUGCUCUGCCCAAACUGUAACAAGCUGUAGAGCCAGACCUCACAGUUCAGUAUUAAUGCCAAUGAAGAGGGGGAUUAUGUGGGUAGCUGACCUGUUAUGAACAGUGUGAAACACAGAGAGACUGUCCUGAGCUGUUGAUUGUAUGUGAGUGUUAUGAUUUCUGGUCUUGGUUAGCUUGCACAUCAGGCUUUAGAGAAGCCAUUUAUCAGUUCCUUGGAAUACCACUUCCUUGCAGCUUUGAUUCUGGAGAAGCAAUGUGACCUGAGGACAAGAGUUUAAAGAAUGUCACCCAUCUGCUGAUGAAUUCUGAGGGGCUUCCACUGUUAAUGGAAGUAAGAUUGAGUCUCAUACAAACUGUCCCUUCACAAGUAGAUUGAUUGCUCUUACAACUCCUUACCACAGUCAUAUGGAGUUCAGUGGCUCCUACGUGGCAAAUAGAAAGCACUGCCAAAUGUUUAGCAUCACAAUGACAUAGGUGCUAUCACUUCACUCCCUUGAGAACGUGAUUCAUCAGUCGUAUCUUUUAAUUUUUAUUGGUUUUCUUUUUCCUUUUGAGCUUUAAUUUCCAAGCUCUAUGAAUGGUAGUAGGAUA